GAACCCCUCACUGUCUGCAUUUUGACGCAGGCACAGCGCCUAUCCGCAAUUCGGACUUGGACACCUGACAUUUUUUUCCCCUGUUCCCCGUUUCUCUCAUCACGACCGCGGUUCCGCUGCCGGACUCUCGCUUGAUGGAAACCGAGGCUGUGCGCCCAGUUGCAGUCAUGCUGCCUCCGAAGAACUGCCUUCCAAGGAACUACAGCUGCAUCGCCGGGCUGUUUGGGAGCUUGGCUGCUGCGAACCCGAUGCUGGAAGAUGGGGAGGACUUGGAGUUGAUGAACGGUACCUGCGAGACCAUCGAUACCCCGGUGGUCGACGAGCGACCAAGGGGUCGUGAAAUCUUCCUCAAACCACCGCAGAGUCCGAACCUGCGACGGAGAUGCAAAUCCUUACCGACCCCCAUCGAGAGAGCUAAACUAGAGAUUAUCCGCAGUCGGAGCCCAACCAGUGAGAAAAAGGUCCGUUUCGCUGACUCUCUGGGUCUCGAGUUGAUCUCCGUUAAGCACUUCGACGACACAGACAUGCCCGAGGUCCCCGAGCGCAUUUUAGCCAAAUUCCCCAGGGGUCCCCUCCAUCUGAACGACCUUGAUAAAUUCCCCCGGGCACCCAACCGGUCCGUUUUUAUGGAACUGCAGUUCUCAAACCCCGGGACAAUGCCUGGCUUCGAGCAGAAGGUGAGAGAAGUUAAAGUGUUGUUGGAAACAGUCGAAGCAGACGAAUUCAGCUUGUCCGGUUUCGUGCGUGUGUUGAAUCUGGCUUUUGAGAAAAGCGUGCAUCUAAGGUAUUCUCUCAACAAUUGGAUAACAUUUAUGGACAGCCUGGCGUCUUACGUGCCCAACUCAAGCGAUGGUGUGACGGACAGAUUCUCUUUCAAGAUCAUCACUCCGACGUUUCUGUCGAGUGGAGGCACACUGCAGUUUGCUAUUAAGUAUUGUGUCGGGGGUGACGAGUAUUGGGAUAACAACAACGGGAACAACUACAAAGUACGACGCCACCGGUUCAAGAUGUCCCCACCGCGCGAGUGGGAGAACGGUUGGAUUCACUUCAUCUAGUUUGCGCCCCGCCGCGUCUCCAACAACGCGUAUUCGUGUAUUCGGCGCGCAAUAGUUCCACGGGCACCGCUUUACCUUAAUAAUGGCUUGAUAUUGAUGAUUCGACUGCCAUCGACAGAUAUGGGCCCGUACACUGUUACCAUCAGACAUUGUCUUAAAUCAGCUUUUUCACUUCUGACAUUUUUGCUCUGCCUCUGCUUGAAGGUUUUGACAGGAUUGAAAGAUACGCCCCUUUAGGUUCCCGGUACCGGGGGGCCGCAGUAUGACAAUUUGCCCUGGAUGUUGGGUCUCUGUACAGUCCGGUGAUACCGGUAGGGCAUGACGAUGUUCUUAUAUAAUGGAGAGGCACGUGCCAUAGAAAACGUGCCCGGAAUUAAUUCAGUUUACGCAUCGUUGUUCCGUCCCAAGAGGCAGUUAUGUUGGCUGCUGUUAUCAAAUUAGAUUGUUUAAUUGAUGAGCCUCUUGGCUGCCGUGUCUUGAGUGUGGUCCUAUCUUAAGUGAUGACCGAGGCUGUGUGGGAAAUACAACAAUGAAAGCUUCCUCCAUUGUUGCUCACAUCUUCAGGCACUUAUCAUGCCGGCUCCCGGUCUGUAGUCCAUCAUUAGGAAACUCCUUCACGCGAGGACAGGACGGGAGCACUAACUAAUGUUCGACUAGUCGGAAGCUAUUAAGAUCUGUAACAAUGUGUAUGAUAUUGAUAAGAUAUUAGGGAUAGAAUAAUAUAAUUGCGCUCUCAAUUGAUAGUUUGACAUCGAAAUUCUCCCACAAGUUUGUAAGAAAUGGAUUAGAACACGACGUUCUAUCAGUGGGGUUUGUUAAAUCACAGUAAUGCCGGUAUCCAAUGAGUGAACCAUGCGUGCUGCACCCCCCGAACCCCUCUCGCGCCCCCAAUACAUACACAUUGUCAAAUUCCCCAAAAGCCAAAUAAUGUAGCCAGCACAAUGUCCAAUACGAUUUGGAUUAUGUAGAUAUGACCAAGAAAACCAAAUGGCCAUUUCCAAUAUUGUAUUACGUGUUAGGCUAGUACAUUGUAACUGCUUCGAUAAUUCACUCUUAAUCAGCUGCCUCACCCUUUUCAGUUCAUCUGCAUGCAGCUCGUAUUCAUAAACCUGGGCUUCGAUAAUAAUAUACAAAAACCACCAGAACUGUGCUAAGAUGACACCUUAUGUAUACUGUGGAUAUUCGUUGACUUGAAGCGCAACUGUUGCUUUUUAAAAUGAUACAUUUACCUCAGAUCACUUCUAGUGUGGACCUCACAAACUUCCGAAAAAAAUCAGGUUUUUAACUUUUUUUAUUUAUUCAGAAUGAACACAAUGUAACAACUAAUUAUUUUAUACAAAUGUUACCAAAUGUCAUGAUAUUUCUGUCUCAGAAAUCAGAAAAGCAUCUGAUUAUUACGGCGUACUUCCAUAUGUGCGUCCGAUUUUGCAACAGCAGCAUUACUCUAGCGUGUCUUGUGCAUAUCCGUUUUAGUCUGCAACGUUAGCUACAUCAGCUAUUGCACUGAUGAAAGUGUCUAAACUGCUUUUGAAGUCACUGUACCAUCGAUGUUAGCCUUGACCUACCCUGUACCAUAGAUAACUGUUUGAUUGCUUGAGCUGACAAACUUGUGACGCGUGUAAGAGCUUGAAGAUAAACAAAUUAAUGGGGACAGCUAGCACUCACCAUGAGAGAUUGACAGCGACAUGGGAAUGAAAAAUUGCCUGUAUAACCUUUUUUGGCUUUUUGUAAUUUCGUUUUUUGGCUUGUGCGAUCUGAAUCUGAGACGAGAGAAAUCUUGGAAAUCUACCAGGAAUACCACACCUCAAAUGACUCUCAGAUAAACCGUGUCAACACGCUGCAUACAGUAUGUUCAUCAGCUGGGACGCUAUCAGAGGAUCCAUUUUGAGGCGUGUAUACUGGUGUACUGCUUUUCUUAUGGGUUCCCUCUAGGAGUUUCAGUUCAGACUCUGCGGUUGGCUCAGAUGAUAGGACUGUGUUAUUUACUGUACUGGCUGUAAUGUCAACACAACCAAAUAGGAAGCCCUUUGUUUACAGCAUGAAGGGUGUUCAUAAGCUUUUCCCUUAAGAUUGGAAGACUGGUAAAGGCUGUGCAGAGAUGUCUGGUGUCUAGACAGACUGACAGACAGACAGACAGACAGACAGAUAGAUAGAUAAAGAGAGACAGGCAGAAAGACAGACAGAUAGACAGACAGACAAAAAGAGUGACAGACAGACAGAAAGAUACAGAUAGACACAAAGACAGACAGACAGACAGGCAGAAAAGAUAAGAGGUCUCCUGUGUUUAGAGUAGCUUGAGCCAAGUAGCUGGCAGUUUGUUGAACUAGAUGUCCUUCCUGAUUCGUGGUAAACUAUGUUCACCCAGAUGUCAGUGUUGGCAUUCUGCAGGCGUGAGGUGGAGGUUGGUCUAGAGGCCUGUCCUGUCAGAACUCCCGUCGACAAACCCCACAGACAACCAGACUGUCCUAGCUCCUACACUUUGUAUUAUGACGUUAUAAUCAGUGAACAUGACUGGUUUCUUUCAAACACCUUAAUUUUUUUGAAUUCAUAUUAGUAUUCUCGUGAUUAUGCAGUUUUCGUCAAGCUGUUUUGACAGUAAGAGGUAAUAAAUAAAAACUGUGCCAAUAAAUGAGGGUUCGUCUGAAGGCGAGAGAUGGUGAAGGGCUCUCAGUACGAUGUUUGUUUUCUUCUCAACACUUUAACGUUGUGUGCUCAUUGAUGUGUUGAUGUACAGUAGACGUGUGUCUUUGUCGCAUAUUGAAUGUCUUUUUGCGACCAUUCUCUGUUGUAGAUUUGAAGCAGGAUCGCAUGUAGUGGUUUGUUCUGAUGUGUUGGAAGUUUCUCAUUUUGCUUUCAUUAUAAUGGAUUAUACGAAGUUGCCCAAAAUCGAAAUAUUAUGGAUUCUUAAAAGCACACUUACUAAAAUAUCGUAUUUUUUUAUCAUGCGUUGUCUCCUAAGACAUAUUUAAUCUUUGGGAAAAUACGUUUGAGGAAAACAAUGGCAAUAUUUUGUUAAAUAUAAUGCUGUUUUUAUCAGAAGUACUAUGUUCUUCUGAUUAAUAACUCAAUAUUGGGUACCCAACUCCAAACCACACCAGUAAUUCGAAACUGAUAUUCAGAAUGCCAAUCACAAGUCAAAUCAAAGAGUUUUGAAUGUUGCACUGGAAAUGCCAAAACGUCCCUGAAAUAUGAAUGCGAUUGGAGGUGUUGUUGGUCCUGUUGGCACCAGAAGUUUGCUUUGCCUUAAGUUAGAUGUUUAUCAAGGUGGAGAAAGUGGAUGUGUAAGACAGAGAGAUGAAUCUACAGCAGGACCUGUAGUACCUGGUUCACCACAGUACCUGUGUUCACCACAGUACCUGUGUUCACCACAGUACCUGUGUUCACCACAGUACCUGUGUUCACCACAGUACCUGUGUUCACCACAGUACCUCUGUGAACCACAGUACCUCUGUGAACCACAGUACCUGUGUUCACCACAGUACCUGUGUGAACCACAUCCAGUUGAUACAGGCCCAUAACCAACACUGCUACAAAAAAAAAGCACUUUGGUGUUCCAUCAAAACUUUUGGGAAAAGAAUGACUAGUGAUUGUAAUGUAAUGGUCAUGGUUUUGCACUUUGCACUUUGAGCAAAGACAAGGAAAGAGACAAGGUUUGUGAAUGAUGUUUGUCCUAGACCUGACACCUUCAGUGAACAGCUACUAACCAAGUCGUGAUCCCUCCAUAAGCAUUGUGUAUCAUAUACGACAUACCUUUCUGCUUUCUCUCUCACUGUGAAAAAAGGUCUAAACUUCAAUCAAUUUGCUUUUGUUUGUUGUUGUUUAUUUUUCCUUUCCAGACUGUAACUCCUGUUCUUUUGUAAACCUAUGCAAGCCUUCAAAGUUUUGCAGCCACCUGUCUACCCUGACGUGUCUUGCUGAAUGGCCUAUCGUUUAGACUGAAUGUUUAACACUGUAUUUUCGCUGUUCGCAUGCACAGCUAAAAUGCCCUUUUUUUCUAUGGUGAGUUUGUAAUGUAGCCUCUAUUUUACUAAAACAAUGCUAAUAAAGGUCUGUGUGAUGGAAACAUCUUCUCUGUCUGUC